AAAAAAAAAAAAAAAAAAAGAAGCUAAGUCCAAGAAAAUAAAUUAGCCUGCAGAAUAGAAGAAAACGCUCAAACGCCUUUCAUUUGAAAUCCCUGUUCCUUUCACAUAACGAGGUUGCAGGCCUGUGCUUUUUGUAGUUUUAUUUCUCCUCUAUCUUCUAAACCCUGAAGAAAGAUGCAAAAGUUAAAACCUCCAUUUUUCAAGCUUAAAUCACUACCUGUAACUAGAAAAUGUUACAAGAAAGCUGACAAAGAUGGCUAUUAGUAGCCCCCCACUCCAGCUCUCUCAAAAUCUCUAUGAAUCUCUCCUUUUUAAUUCCAUAUCAGUUGCUACAUAUUUGGUAUUAUAUUGGACUCUUAAUAUUUUCUCUCUUUCUGAAUCUUACUAUUUCUGUUCGUAUCAACAAUUUUGAUGAGUAUUUUCGAACCAUAAGGAGACUUGUUACUAUUUCUGUCACAAAACUCCAAACUCCCACUUCUGAACUGUCACUCUUUCUAACUAAAACCCCAUCCCCAUCAGUCUCAGUACAUAGCCUGCACAAUCAAACAAAACAAGUACAUUUUCAAACCAAAAGGGAAGUUGGUGAAAAUUUUAUAUUCAACGCUCUCUUCAUCUAUUCUCCUAAACCUGUUUUCCUACCAAUAGGGAAAUGGGUCGAUGGUUGUUAAAUUUGUGCCAAUCAGUUCAAUGCUUUUUCAAACCCUUUCUUCCAUUGGACUUUAGUCUAUAAACAAAGAAUGCUUUCUGUAGAACGUGUGUUCAGGCUCUAAAGGUCUUGCUUUUCUUCGAGUUAAACACACUACCCAGAAACCAAAAACCAAGUUUACUGUCUCUAUAUCUAUAUAUCAAUUCAAGGAAGAAAAGAGCUGACGUUGGUAUUGCAUGGAUAAAGCAUCGACAAUAACAACAUUGACAGCGAGGAGGUCGAAAUGGCAAUACCCACCACCGCCACCAACGCCAAGAAUCUUGCAUUUGCCUCGCAGGCCUCGCAGGAAACAACCUGCAAAGCCUAGUGCUACCAAGUCCUGUUCAAAAAGAGACAGGAAAGAUAAGCUGGAGACUUUGUUUGAUCAAGAGAGAGUUUUUACAAGAGUGGUUAUGCCCGUUUUAACGGUGAGCGGUGGAGGGGAUGAUCAGUGUGAGGAGGAGAGGAGGGAGAGAGUGGAGGAAAGAGAGAGCGUGGUGAUGGAGGAGGAAAAGUGGAAGUUUCAAGCUGAGAUGUUGAGGGCAGAGUGUAAUUUGCUAAGAAUGGAGAGAGAUAUUGCUGUGAAGAAGAUGGAGAGGAGAAGGGUCCAGGUGGAAAGGGCUUUGAGAUCUGCUGUUCAAACUCUGCUUUCUGGGAGAGAAAGGAUGUGCAGUGGACAGAAUGCAAACAUGGUUUUGGAGGAAGAGAUCAUAGAAUUGGCCGAUAAACUAGAGAAGUUGCAGAGAAGAUCAAGAAAUAGGGAAGUAGAUGUCCAAAAAUGUUGCAAUUUUGAUAAACAAGCAUCUCUUCUUCAAAGGAGGCUACAGAAGUUUGCUGGAGAAUCAGAUGAGAUAUGUGUAAAAGAGAUUCAAGAGAUGGCAGAAGCAAGCUUGUCCUCCAAUACUACUAGCGGCAACAAAGAAAAUUUUGUUUCAAAUAGCAGCAGCAAUAUGGAGGCUCUGAGAAGGAAAGUGGAGGGACUGUCAAGGGGUAGUCCGUUAGAGAGUAUGGAAGUUGAAUACAGGACGAUGCUCUCCACAGCUAACAGCUCUGCUUCUGGUUCCAGUUAUGCUGCCACUUCCAAGCGAAUCGAACUCUCGGAGAUCUCUUCAUCCUCAAUGAGACAAACAUACAAGCUUGUGCAGGAGAGAGCAUGUUCAGGAUGCUGCAAGGCAAUCGUGCAGAGGGUUGUGGAGCAAGUUCGGGCUGAGACAGAGCAAUGGUCCCAAAUGCAAGAGAUGCUGGGGCAAGUCAGGGAUGAGAUGGAGGAAUUGCAGGCUUCUAGAGAUUUUUGGGAAGAUCGAGCACUUGAUUCUGAUCAGCAAAUUCAAUUACUCCACUCUGCUGUGAAAGAAAGGAGACAGAGAGCUCUCUCCUCAGAUGCCAAGGCAAAUGAGCUACAAGCUCAGGUAUCAACGCUUCGAGCCGAGCUUGAAAAGUUGAGGAAGGAAAAAACUAGAGAAACAAAUAGAAACAAGAACCCAGCAGCGAAUUCACAUGAAUCACCAAAUGAGAUGGAGAAAAGGGUACUGGUUUGUCGAUUGAAGGAAAAUCGCCAAGCAAAUGAUGAUUGCUGCAAGCAGCAGGAGUCAUUGGACAAUGGAAGAAAAAAGACAAAUACUCGUGGAAGUGGACUUAAUGCUUUGAAACGCUCCCCAUUUAGAGAGAUUGGGAAUUCAUCAUCAUUGGCAACGCAAAAUAGCAAGGGAGUGCUUCCUUUGCCCUGCCCCCUGGCUUCCAAUGUGCAGAGAGAUUCUUAAUGUCCUGAAUCCUGUCUUUUCAAGUUCUUAGUGACUUGUGACCAUUGCAUUUAAGUUCUGACUACUAUCUUAACAUACAUGAAGUUUGAUAAUGUGGGGAUUAGGAC